GGGUUCAAAGAUCCUGUGUACCGGGCCCGGAGGAAGGAGUUUGCGGAUAUUGCUUACAACUACAGACAUGGCCAACCUAUUCCUCGAGUCACCUACACAGAAGAAGAAAAGAAAACAUGGGGCACUGUCUUCAGGGAGCUGAAGAGUCUCUAUCCAACUCAUGCUUGUUAUGAACACAACCAUGUGUUCCCACUGUUGGAGAAGUACUGCGGCUACAGGGAGGACAACAUUCCCCAGCUUGAAGAUAUUUCAAAAUUCUUACAGACCUGCACUGGAUUUCGCCUGCGUCCUGUUGCAGGCUUGCUUUCCUCUCGGGAUUUCCUCGCUGGGCUGGCGUUCCGAGUAUUCCACUCUACACAAUAUAUUCGCCAUGCAUCCAAACCCAUGUACACACCAGAGCCUGAUAUUUGUCAUGAGCUGCUAGGACACGUGCCUCUCUUUGCUGACCCCAGUUUUGCUCAGUUUUCUCAGGAAAUUGGACUGGCAUCUCUGGGAGCUCCAGAUGAUUUCAUAGAGAAACUCGCUACGGUUUAUUGGUUUACAGUGGAAUUUGGACUCUGCAAAGAAGGCGAUUCCCUCAAGGCAUAUGGUGCAGGGCUGCUGUCUUCAUUUGGGGAGCUGCAGUAUUGUUUAUCAAGUAAGCCUGAGAUUCAGCCUCUUGUCCUGGAGAAGACUGCUGUGCAGAAGUACCCUGUUACUGAGUUCCAGCCCAUCUACUAUGUUGCUGAAAGUUUUAAAGAUGCAAAAGAAAAGCUAAGGAAAUUUGCUCAAACGAUCCCUCGCCCUUUCUCUGUUCGGUACAAUCCCUACACCCAGAGGAUUGAAGUCUUGGACAAUGCAAAGCAACUGAAGAACUUAGCUGACACCAUCAACAGUGAGAUUGGGAUCCUGUGCAAUGCCCUCCAGAAGUUGAAAUGAAGAUUUGCUGUAACUUAGUAGUCACUGGCUACUGACUAGAAGAUAAAAUGUGCAAAUGCCAGCCUUCAUCUAGCCUCAGUCUAUUA